UGCCUGUAAUUGCGGCUAUGCGUACGGCACAACGGAUUAGGAGAGCGUCGUGACGACAUCUUCUACGUACCGCUCUCACCAAAGACCGACAGCUCAGCAAUAACAGCCCUCACCGUCGUUUCUUCAAGCUUCACCCAAUAUAGCGCUCAACUCAAUGGGAUCCUGCGCAAAACACAGAGGAGACGGCAUCGUUCACCAUCGCUCUAUUACCGAAUCUGAUAACUGCAACUGAGCGCUACUCCGCACUCGGACUACAUAUAUACAGAACUGAACACAUUUCCUGAGCUUCCUUCUGUAGUAAGGGGAUGGGGGUAUGACCGACCCCCGACUCCCAACUCUGUUCUAUCAGUUGUAGGAGCGCUUUGCAGCAUGCUAUCGCCGAGAAGAGGGGUCGAUCACAGGCCCGCCGCUACGAUUCUAACCCAUGUUGCUGUCAUUGCAAUCUUCGUUUCUAUGAGCGCUUGCAUGCCAGGGUCUUCUUCCGUAUGCCCACGUAGCCUGGACUGUGCCCGAGCAAGGAGGCAUUUCUGCCAGCCGGGCAGCUCACACUGUGGCCCCUGCCUCACCCCGCUGGUAGAGAACUCACAUGGCAGAUGCAUAGUGAAGAGGAGGCCCAGUCACGCCCCUCAUUUUGGCAAAGUGACCACUUUCCCUGAAGUGGACGAGGAGAUAGACUUCCUGUCCACCAUCAUCAGCCAACAGGAGACUGAAUCAGGUUUCAGGCAUCCAGCUUCUUCCUUUCAGGAUGUUCCUAAAGUCAAGGAGGAGGAGGAUGACAGAUCAAUGAUCCUCACCCAACGGCCUACCACAGAGCAGCCUACUACACACGGCGCCACUACAGCCCCUCCACCCACCUCUAUCACUACAGCCAACACCACCACUACCAGCCACUCCACAGCAGUACGCAGCGGUCCCCUGAUCAUCCCUUACGCCUCCAACAGCCGAGUGUUUAUCAUCAUGACCAGUGUGUUUUUGGUUGUGGGGUCUGUUGCCUUGCUCUUGGCUGCUGUCUGUUGGAUCAGGUUGCAGAGAGGUGUGCGGCUGGCUCAGAAGAUCGACUACCCAGCGUAUGGGGGGAUGGGGCCCCAUUCCUAUGACAAUGAUGUGCAGCUUGGGGAUAGGAGGCUGGCUCAGAGUGCCCAGAUGUACCACUACCAACACCAGAAACAGCAGAUGCUCUGCCUGGAGAAACACAGGGAUGAACCCAAGGUGCCUGACUCCGGGGCCACGUCAGAUGAGGAGAAUGAGGAUGGGGAUUUCACGGUAUACGAGUGCCCUGGACUGGCCCCGACAGGAGAGAUGGAGGUGAAGAAUCCUUUGUUUGAUGACUCUACCCUUUACCUUCAGAGGAGCCACAAGUAACCCUGACAACUCUGGACAUUCUGAUAUGCACCUAUAAAACAUACCACCCUACAUGUACAGGAAGAUCAAAUCAUACUCACUCCCUUGCACACCUACAAACACACAUCAGGUUACUCUGUCUGACCUUUUGACCUGUCCCACAUGAUACACUACUUACACUGAAGGGCUGGGGACGAGGAGGAGGAGGAGGACUGUAUGAACAUUAUAUCUGAAUGACCGACUGACGUGAAUCUCCUCUUGAAACAGACUGAUAUCUGGGACCAAUGACGUCUCACACUCUCAGAAAACCUACAUGAUCUUUAAGCUUUCCGUCUGGCCUAUCAUAACCAUGCCUUGUUUUGUUGUAUGUUAACUCUGUUAUCUCUUGUGGAUUUGAUUCUGUAAUAUCCUCUGUUUUUUCUGUCAAACAUGUGCACAACCAACUAACUGACUGCGAGAUUAGCGUGUAUGAUGAUGGAUACUAUUCUCCAUGUUCUGCAAGAUUCUAUACCUGAACUUUUCCAACAAGAAAUGAACACGAAAAUUAUUGUUUUUCGUGUUCUGUUGAAAAAUGUUCUACGGUGUGCACUAAUGAAUACUACCUUGUUUCAUACGACAGAUACCGACAGAAAGGAUCAGGAAGAGAGCAGAGAAGAACUACAUUGAAAAAAUAAAUAUGUUAUGGGUCUGUGGGUGUAUGAUUUAUUACAUUACACAAUCUGUGGAGACUAACUUUGAUACAUCAUACUUUUGAAUGUUACCCAGACCAUGACUUCCAGUGAACUAUACAGGCCAAUGUCCAAACCACAAACCUUUAGUAAUAGUGAACAGGAAGAUUGUGUUGGAGGCACACACUUUGUGCAGAAUGUGAAAUUGAAUAACCAAUCCAGAUACACGUUUCCUAAAUCAUAGACUGCAGUAUGACCCAGACUCCUGGACUAAAAAGCAUUGAUAAUCUCAGUUGAAAAUUCAGUUGAGGAAUAGGAUUAAUCUGGGUCUGGGAACUGGUCCUAUAAAUCAUUCUGGAACUGCAGAUGUUAGGCCAUAUGCCUUUGAAACAGAGCUGGAGCACAGUGGGAAUAUGCCAAUUUAUCAAGCUGUCAAUAGUAAUCAUUGGCAGACUAAAUAUCUGUGUCCCAAAUAACACCCUAUUCUCUACAUGGUGCCCUUCUUUUGCCAGCGCAUUAUCGACCCCGGUCAGAAGUAGUGCACUACAGUAUGUGGAGUAUAUGGUGCCAUUAAUGACGCAUUCCGAAGAUCUGGAUCAACUCAUCUUUGACUUUCUUCAUUACCAAAACGUUUUUUUUGUUUUUUUCUUACAUACAAAGGUGAUUUUAAUGUUUCAUAAAUGUACACAUGCAGUAUGUAUGGUAAACCUUUACGCUUUGUUAUGUAGCCAUUAUAGUCUCAGUAUCAAUGGUCCCUCUAUGCAUGACUUGAUGAUGCUGUGCUCUGCUGAAAAAGGGAUACAAUUCAAUAUGCAUUUAUGAUCCUUACAAGUUUCUUGUGUAAACUUGCUUAUGAUGAUAUUUAAAUAACUUGAAUGAUUUCAAAGGAAUUUGGAACUUCUUUACAGAACUCUGAAACAGAGCAACCCACUAUGUACAUUCAUAUACACAGUGCUUGACUUGGGCAGGAGCUUGCCGGAGUACCGGCACCUCAACUGCUUGAGCUCCUGUUCCUCUUAUAUAGAAUAUUAGCUCAAAAGUAUUGUGUAGCUCCUGCAUCUAAAUAUAAACAGUACCGGCACCCAGAAUGAGUACCGGAACAUAUUUCAGUCCAAGUCAAGCACUGAAUAUACGGUAUCAAACAAACAUGGCUUGUCCCAUGAUUUGUGAUGUUAUUUAUGUAAAUAGCCACGGAUGUGUACUGUACAGAGAGAUGGCAACCUGGCUCUAAUGAUGUAUUUGUACACAUUAUUAUUCUAUAUUUCUGAUUGCUGUGUCAAAUAAACCUUUUUUUCUUUAGCCUAGUGUGCCUCCAAAAUGGCACCCUAUUCCGUAUAUAGGGCAUUGCUUUUGACGAAAGCCCUAUAGUUUUUGGUCAAAUGUAGUGCACUAUAUAGGGAAUAGGGUGCCAUUUUGGAUGUACAUUAGAGUCUGUUCAGAAGUUGCCUAUUGCGGUUAUCUCUCAGGAAAGCGUGUUGUUAUUAGCUCUUUUAUUUACUUAGGACAACUCCACACAACUAUAUUUCGGUAUUUGUUUCAUUAGUCCAUUGUUGAUAUAGUCCCAAAAUAUUUUGCAUUUCAGCAAUCAAUUUUCAAAAUGCAUAUAAAUACAGCUGGUAUGAUGCAUCGAGCAUCACAUGAUGAUGCGUUUUGGAUCAUGAUGCAAAAUGCGUCAUACUGGCUAUAUUUCUGUAUAGUUGUAUAUAUAUAGAAGUUGUAUAUCUUCAUUGCUGACAUACAAAACAUUUUGGGACUAUAUCAACCAUGGACUAAUGAAACAAAAACAAGAGUUUUCAGGUGGAAUUUUCAUAUAACUGUUCCCCUAACUCUCUGCCUCCACUCUCUCUGAAGAACAGUGAAGUGGUCGGACACAUACAGUAAUGUGAUGCUCUUUGGGUGCAGAUGAUUUGAUUUUCCUUUUUGGUCCUCAAGAACAAUGUAUGUGAGACAGAAUGGACCCAUUCAUUGACCUAGAUUACUGGUAAAGAUGAACAUCAAACUUAAACCUUCUUUGGCUGUUACCAUAUAGUUACCAUAUACCUACAUCAAUAUUGUCCCCUAGGGUUGCAAAAUGCAAAUAACAUUUCCCAAGUUUUCCAGAAAUGUUAGUUUGAUGGAUUGAAAGUUGCUCUUUGUUUUCUCUCAUGAAUGUGAAUGGUUAUAAAUCUCCAGGACUCCCCUUUUAAACAGUUAAACCACCCUCUCUAAAUAACGACACACCAGAUGAAUUAACACACCAACCCUGAGAGAUGACCGACCUCUUUUACUACUACUGGAUUUGCUGGACAUGAUGCAUGUAAACAUUUCAGAGAUGAACAUUGGAAAAUAAAUAUUUAUAUCUUCACUGCAA